AUGUCCACCGGCACAACAAUGACCAAGCCCAGUCUUACUAAUGGAGUUAUGACUCUGACGUUCAUCCGCCCGGGCAUAGUUGAUAGCUGCAAUAAGUUUCACAUGGUAGUUGAGGGCGAUGAGUGUCACGCCAUCGCAAACAGCAAUGGCAUCACGCUGGAGCCGCUUGUCUCCUGGAAUCCCGAGGUGAAGACUGACUGCAGCAGUCUCUGGUUGGGUUACUAUAUCUGCGGCAAGGUCAUCGGCGUAACACCCAGCCCAGCAACAACAACUGGCCCCACGGAUCCCACAAACGGCAUUGAAACGCCGACACCCAUCCUCCCGGGGAUGGUCGACAACUGCGACAAGUUCCACAUGGUUGUCGACGACGACCAAUGUGGGAACAUAGCGCAGAAGUACGGCAUCAGCUGGAACCAGUUCACCACGUGGAAUCCCCAGAUCGGCUCGGGCUGUUCCGGCCUCUGGCUAGGAUAUUAUGUCUGCGUGAAAAUCAUAGGCGUGGCACCGACGACAACGACAACAACAACGACAUAUUGUCGGCGCGAACCCGAAGCCCACUACCACUACUACAAGCAAUGGCAUCGCAACACCAACGCCAACACAGACCGGGAUGACAGGCAACUGCAAAAAAUUCUACAGGUUGUGGACGGGGAUAGCGGCGAGACGAUCGCGAAGAAGGCCAGUAUUACUUUGGCCAAUUUCUAUUUGUGGAAUACAGGCGUGGGAAGCAGUUGUCAGACUCUGUGGCUGGGAUACUAUAUAUGUACGGGGGUGAAAUAG